AUGCCCUCGAAGAAGCAGUACAACCUCGUGCAGAAUGACGAGAACGACACGCGCAUACCGCUCCACAGCGAGGAGGCCUUCCAUCGGGGCAUCGUUUUCCACGCCAAGUUCAUUGGUUCGAUGGAGGUGCCGCGACCCACCAGCCGAAUGGAGAUCGUGGCGGCGAUGCGGCGGAUCCGCUACGAGUUCAAGGCCAAGGGGAUCAAGAAGAAGAAAGUGACGCUCGAGGUCUCCGUCGACGGUCUGAAGGUCACGCUGAGGAAGAAAAAGUUUCCAAUUUUGCAGAGGAGGAAAAAGCAACACCAGUGGCUCGACGACAGCAAACUCGCGCUGAUGCACCACCCGAUCUACAGGAUAUUUUACGUGUCGCACGACAGCCACGAUCUCAAGAUAUUCAGCUACAUAGCGCGCGACGGUACCGGCAACUCCUUCAGGUGCAACGUUUUCAAAUCCAGCAAAAAGAGCCAGGCGAUGCGAGUCGUGAGGACGGUCGGCCAGGCUUUCGAGGUGUGCCAUAAACUAAGCUUGACCAACCCGGCCAGCGGUGAAAAAAACAACAACAACAACAACAGCAUAAACGACGAGGAGGAGGACGAGAACAGCCAGUGCAACAAUUCGGAGAGGGACACGAACAGCGACGCUACCUCGAGGGAGAAUCGUCGCCAACGGCGGGACUCGCGCGACCACGAGGACGGGGAGGACGAUUACGAGGACGAGUUCGCUUGUCUGCGCCAGCAUCGGCACAAUAACCGGCAGUCCUCGCCCUCCUCGGUGCACAAAGACAUAUCGCUGCUGGGCGACAGCGUGGACGAGUCGAUCCUGGACCAGCCGUGUCCGCAAAUACGCUCCCAUCACGGCGACGUCGUGGUGACGUCUUCGCCGGCCGACACGACAAACACUCUCAUCGGACAAUCGCCCCUCAUCGGCGAGCACGUGAUGAACAGCGCGGAACUGACCGCCCUGAAACACGAGGUCCAGCUGCUGCGCGAGCGACUCGAACAGCAGAGCCAACAGACUCGAGCGGCCAUGGCCCACGCGAGGCUACUCCAGGAUCAGCUAGCCGCAGAGACCGCGGCUCGCGUCGAGGCACAGGCGCGGACGCACCAGCUGCUCGUCCAGAACAAAGAGCUGCUGGAGCACAUAGGGGCGCUGGUGAGCCACUUGCGGGAACACGAGCGAUCGGCCGGCGGCGUCGCAAGUAGCCCGACACCGACGAGCCCAGCCCAGGGCACCGGUGAUCUAGGCCAGUGCAAUGCAGCGUCAACGUGGGAUACAGCGCAGCACUGCAAUCCCGUCUGUUCGGCGUACCCGUACUACCACCAUCAACCACCUCCCAGCGCCUACGGGUACGCCAACAGUUUGCUCAACUACGCCGACGAGCUGCGCUACCAGGCCCAGCUCUGGGACAACGUCCGGUUGGCCGUGGGCAGCUCGACCUUCGCCGCCGCCGCGCCACAGCUCGCCCCUCCCCACCACCUCCCGGGCCCUGGACUCGGUCUACCGCCAACUGGACGAGCCCGCCCAACGCUGCCUCCCCUGUCGCCGUCCACCUUGCCCCGGCCGUCCUCGCGGCCCCACCUUCGGCCGGCGUUCCAGCAGCAGCGCUCCCGCUCCCUGGACCGUCCUCACCGCGGCACGGGUAGCCCCAAGGAAGUGUCCUUUAUCGAGCCCUUACCAGCUCCGCCGGGCGCGCGGAGUUACCGGGAGGAAGCGGUGCAGACGGAGGCUGCGGUCUACCCCGAGCCGCCGGUGAUUCUGUUGACGAAGCCGAACAACGGUCCCUGCGCGGAGGAGGAGGAGGAGGAGGAGAGCGGCCUGUCGGAGAAGGACGACGAGCUGCCCGAGCUGCCCGGGCCGGCUAUACGACGCCGCAACAGCCAAUGACCCAGCCUGGAUCGCUGCUGGUACUUGAGCGUGUGAGCGCUGGGCGGUGGAUUUUUUUUUUUUUUUUUUCAGUGGAAACGUUUUGUUUUUGAUCGAGCGUGUUUUUGUACACCAUCACCCACUUGAUCGAUAGUACGAGAUGUUGCGAGUGGAAAUAACUAUAGAUUUUUAAAUAUACGGAAGAAACGUGUACUUGUUUUUCUUCGAUUCCUAUGCGUAUACGUUAACGUGUAAUGGACGAGCAGUGGGAGGUCUAGGAGUAAUGAUGAACGGUGAUAAUAAUGCAAAGGCCAAACAAAUAAAACAAAAAAAAUGAUGGGAGCGGUGUAAUUUUGCUUGUAGAGUUUUCGCCGAGUUCACGUUGUAUGUUUGAUCUUACUCCAGGGGACAAUUGAACAUCCAACAAAAGUGCGAACAAAAGAAAAAAAAAAAAAAAACAAGCAUUUAAACAUUAAUUUAAA